ACGCAUACACGCACAAGAGCCUUGGCACUAGAACUGCAACAACUCCUCCAUAGACCAUAGCACAACAGCCAGCCAUUGAAGCAAAGAAACCUGCAGCUGCUCUACUUCCGCAGCCAUGAUCAAGCUGAGGUACUCCAAGAGGCUCUUCAAGAGGAGCCCCUCGUCGUCGAAGCAGCCGGCCGCUUGUGGCGGCGGCAAUGGCAGCGCGGCCGGGGCCGGCGGUGCCGAGCAGAUAGAGUGGGAGGUGAGGCCGGGAGGGAUGCUGGUGCAGAAGAGGGAUGGGAAGGGCGGCGAGGAGGUGAUCGUGGUCAGGGUCUCCACCGGCUUCUCCUGGCAUGAUGUGUCCAUCGGAGCCACCUCCACUUUUGGGGAGCUGAAGGUAAUGCUGUCCAUGCUGACUGGUCUAGAGCCCAGGGAGCAGAGGCUGCUGUUCAGGGGCAAGGAGAGGGAGGACACCGACCACCUCCACAUGGUUGGGGUGAGGGACAAGGACAAGGUCCUCCUCCUCGAGGACCCUGCCCUCAAGGACAUGAAGCUCCGGGCCCUCGCAGCCCAAGUCGUGCCGAGCCCGUGCCAGCCCUUUAUCCAAGUGUAGCCCGGCCCGGCCCAGCCCAUCACCGUUCUAACUAUCACUACUGCUUAUUACUAGAUUAUAAACCGUACUAUUUAGUCCAGCGUGAAGGUAAUUUUAAUUUCUGGAAGGUUUUUUUAUAUCCGGAAUCCGAGGGGUUUGUCCUCCAAACCCCUCUUAGUCCACUCUUAGUGCCACUCCAAGGAAGGGUUAAGGGUCCCUGAAGGUGAGAGUGAGAGAGCCUUUUUAUCAUGUACUCUAGUUAGUUGCAAGCGUCAGCCAUGGUGGUGGCUGUGGUCUUGUGACGUGAUGUGUUAUGCCUAGUGUUGGGCUUUUUUUUUUAUGGUCCCUACUACUUUGGUCGUUUCUCAUUCCAACAAUCCAGCAUGGGUCAUGGAUAUGAAUGAGAAAGAUUGUAUGUAUCUUGUGUUCCUGCUCCCAAUGAAUGGAUGAAACCAAGUGUUCGUCCCCCUUUCCAUGA